UAAACCGCCCGAUCUUGCGCUUGCGAAUCAGUUUUAAAUCUACAUUCCAAGUGUUCAGAUCGCAAUGAGCUUUCUCCGGCUACUUGCUCCACAAGUACUUGUCCUUCUGCUCUUCGUGGAGCUCGGAAUGGGUUUGGUGAGCGAUGCGGACUGGGCCCAGUACAAGGCGAAGUACAAGAAGCAGUACAAGUUCACCGACAAUUACCAUCGGGCGAUAUACGAGAAGAAGGUGGAGGCUGUGGCCAGCCACAACCGUCUCUAUUCCGAGGGCAACGUGGGAUUCAUGUUGGCAUUGAACGAGUUCUCCGACACGGAUCAGGGUGCGCUCCUUAAAUAUCGUACGUCGUUGCCGGCGCCUUACGAGACCAGUAACGAGGGCGUGACCAAGUCGCCGAACUACAAGCGCUACGACCAGAUAACCGGCGGGAUAGACUGGAGGGAGUACGGCUACAUCUCGCCAGUUGGGAACCAGGGCACCGAGUGCCUCAGCUGCUGGGCCUUCUCCGCCUCGGGAGCCCUGGAGGCGCAUCUGGCCAAGAAGCACGCGACGCUGGUACCGCUUUCGCCCAAGCACCUGGUGGACUGCGUUCCCUAUCCGAACAGUGGCUGCUCCGGCGGCUGGGUCAGCGUGGCCUUCAACUACACGAGGGACCAAGGCCUGGCCACCAAGUAUUCGUAUCCCUACGAGCCCAAGACUGGCUCCUGUCUCUGGACCAAGAGGAUCGGUGCCGGCAUCAAUCGGGGCCACGUCACGCUGACCGGCAACGAUGAAAGGGAACUGGCCGAGGUGGUCUACAACAUCGGUCCCGUGGCCGUCUCCAUUGACCACCUCCACGAAGAGUUCGAGCUGUACUUCGGCGGCAUCUUGAGGAUUCCGGAGUGCAGGUCCGGUAAGCUGCACCUCACACACUCCGUCCUGGUGGUGGGCUUCGGCACCCAUCCAAAGUGGGGCGACUACUGGCUAAUCAAGAACUCCUUCGGCACAGCCUGGGGCGAAAGUGGCUACUUCAAGCUGGCCCGCAACGCCGACAACAUGUGUGGCGUGGCCACACUUCCCCAAUAUCCCCUUGUAUGAAUAUAUGUACAUCGAACUGGAGAUCAAUAAACGACUAUCAAUAUA